CCCAUAACCAGACUAGAAGUGGAAACCAUAGUGAUCCUCCCGUAAUGGUUGAACAUGCCGCGAAACGCGUCUAACGAGAGCACCCCACGAAACGCGAAACCCUUUUGACAUCACUUUGUUUUGAGUGCGAUUGCGAUUGCCCUUCAACAAACCGCCGCACAACUAUAACCUAAGCUAUUAAAUACUGCCGUCCGAUCUUCCGCCCUACCGCACUAACAACACCAUCCCAUACAGCCGCCUUUAUUCUGGCAUGGCUCCGAGAGAACCUUCAAAAUACCAACCGUAUCCAAUAUACGGAACGACCUUUAUUGCGCAUAUACUCUCUCCACUCUACCACGGCGCCGGUCCUCAAUUGGCACCUGGCUCAACAGAUCAUGCAUCGCCAUCAUCUUCUGCCACAAAUACAACACCUCCAGGGCUUUUCGACCGUGCCGUGUUGACAAAACAUGCCCGUCGCUUGCGCAAUGUCCUGAAAGGGGACAGUCUGCGCGAGGUCCAAGUGGGACUAUCCUCCUCUGCAGGGAACGACGACACAUUGCUCAAAGCAGGCGCAUUGCUCGACUGCUCAUGGUCGGUGCUGGGUAGUGAAGAGGAGUGGGCUAGUGAACAACGUCGGACGCGGAGAAGACGGGACGCUUCCAAGGGGAAUGGGCAAGACGCUGGAAAUCAGGAACAGGGCGAAGCCAACGGGGAGCCCAACAACGGAAACCCCACUGGCAAUCAAGACACAAGUGCCCAUCCUGCGCCUGGGCAAGACACGCGCCAAACUGAUACCUCUGGGGACAGAACAUGCAUUCAUGGAAUCUUGGUGGAAGUUCGCUAUGAACGGGCAACAUAUAAAGCGAUACUCCUCGGCGACGAAAGGGCACCAUCACCACCGCCACCACCACAAGAAGCCCAAACCAGCAACAACAGGAUAGGCGUUCAUUCAGCCUUACCAGAAGGCUUUACUCAUCUCCCUCUUCUCCUCACGCGCAUGCCUUCUGCCCUGAGAAGGACUUUUCUGGAGUACCUCGCUUCAGCAUUCGACACGCGCGCUUCGCCAUUUACGCUAUCAUCAAAUCGACUCUGCGAGCGGAUAGAAGAAUUCCUGUCCGAUUCGGGUUUUGGCGCCUCUCAAGACCACGAGGAGGACACGGGCGGCGACAACGAGUCUCCUUCUCACGAAGCUGCGUCUCGCUCCAUCAAGGACCUUUCACUAUCUCUCCGCUUUGCGCCGCCCGUCGCGCCGCUGCUGAAAACACUAGACAUUACCAUAUCCAAAACCGACAUUUGGAAUUUCAUCCAAAUGGGACGGCGGCAACUCGCCCGGCAACAACAGGAUUCUUCCGCCUCGCAAUCCGUACCACCACCAAAUCCCCAGAAUACUAUAACAACACCCGAAACAAGAUCAACGCGCAAACGGAAACGACCCUCACCAGACCAUACUCCUCCUCAUCCUCCUCAUCCUUCAUCAUCAUCGUUACUACCAUCUCCUUCUUCCGUUCUAGCUUCCAGCACACAACCGCGCACAAAAGGCCCAUUCAUAUCCGCCCUCUCGGCUCACACGGCCACCCAUCUCGCCAUGCCGCUCACGCAUCCGAGUAUAGCCAUUCACAAAAUCGCCUGUUCAGGCUUCGUCCUUGCCAGCGACGGGAGGAUUAAACUGUCUUCUCCUUUUCCCUCUUCGUCUUCUGCUUUUUCCAAGUACCCUUCAUCAUCUACCACUUCUCGUCCCUCUCGUCGUGCUGUCUCUGGUUCCGGUCCCGUGGAGCAGCCAAACUCUCCACACCCGUCUACACCGUCCUCCCAGACGUCUUCGCUCGCGCACACAAGGCGAACUCCACUAUCUUCAUCGCCUGCUCGCCAUCGACUGCAUGGCUCUCACGACGACCACACUAACGAACCUGCCGAGGGCAUGGAUACUACGGCGGCAGCACGCGCGACGCGGAAUCUAAUACAUGCAUUGAUACAGUACGCUGCCAAUGGCCUUGGCGAUGGCGAGAGUAAGGGUGAUGGCAAUGGCAGUGGCCAAGGUGGCAUACUUCGUGCAACUUUGGCGUCGCGAGGAAAGGACACUACGAAAGUUUGACUGGCGUCGGUUCUUGAUAAGGCC